UAUCAUAAAUAAGAUACGCUCCUUAGUCAGUGCGUCCCCAUAUUUUGUAGCCUACCUUAAUAGCCUACAAACUAAAAAUAUAUCAGUGACCUUCACGUGAUUAAUGGAUGCUGAAUGUGAGACCCUAUUUGAGAGGUGUCUCAUUUUCUUGGAAAAAAACUUGGAGCAGGUAACAUUUGAGACGUGAGCAGGGUAUUGUGCAGGAGCAGGAAAGUCGGGGGGCAGAAGGAGGAGAGCUUGCACUCGUUUCACUGAUGAUCAGUGGCGCCGUGACGAUAAGCAGGCAGCGGACGAGGAUGCUCUGUUGUCUGGUGCGCACUCCGGCUCUCCGCGAUCACCAUGGAAGAGCUUAAUUAAUGCACAGGCUUUAUGUGUUCCUCCUGCUCCCGGAGCCGAUGAAUUUUAAACCGCCGUUUGAGAGCGGACCUGCUUUUUGCACCGGACCUGUAUUACCGAGCGGAGAGGACCGCGGCUGAAUUAUAGCCUAAAGUCUUCAGAAAAAAAGAGGCAAAUUAUGCCAGCAGCACCAGAGUCGUUCCCCCUGGUGACGUGCCAGCUCAUUGGUCAGACUACUCUGCCCUCCUCUAGCUUCCCUGUCUACCCUGGCAGAUCCAUGCUGCUGGAUGCUCCUCACAGAGCCACGCCCGCACCAUGAGCGCCAACGGGCCCGCCCCAGCCCCAGCCCCCGCGGCCCCAGAAGCCCCUCCUGCCUCAAUCCCUGCCCCUGCUCCGGCCCCAGCUCCAGCUCCUGCGGCACCACCCGCUCCUCCUGCCCAGCCUGCCCCAACGGCCUCUACCAUCCCGGUAGGUGCGUUGGCACAGAAGAAGCGGCAGCAGUAUGCCAAAAGCAAGAAACAGGGCAGUAACGCCAACAGCAGGCCACCGAGGGCUCUGUUCUGCCUCAACCUCAACAACCCCAUACGCAGGGCCUGCAUCAGCCUGGUGGAGUGGAAGCCAUUUGAUAUCUUUAUAUUAAUUGCUAUUUUUGCCAACUGUAUGGCCUUAGCUGUCUAUGUCCCCUUCCCUGAAGAUGAUUCCAACUCCACAAACCAUGACCUGGAAACAGUUGAGUAUGCCUUCCUCAUCAUUUUCACAAUCGAGACCUUUCUGAAGAUUAUCGCUUAUGGUUUGGUGAUGCACCAGAAUGCGUACGUGAGAAACGGUUGGAACAUGCUGGAUUUCGUCAUUGUCGUCAUAGGACUCUUCAGUGUUGUCUUGGAGGUUCUGACCAAAGAUGAUAAGGUGGAAGAAGGCGACGGACUUAGUAGCCACCCGUCGAUGCACGGCCACGGGGGUAAGCCAGGUGGAUUUGAUGUUAAAGCCCUUCGAGCCUUCCGUGUGCUGCGACCCCUGCGGCUGGUCUCAGGAGUACCCAGUUUACAGGUGGUGUUGAACUCCAUCAUUAAAGCCAUGGUCCCUCUCCUUCACAUUGCCCUACUGGUCUUGUUUGUCAUUAUCAUCUAUGCUAUUAUUGGCCUGGAGCUUUUCAUCGGUAAAAUGCACGCAACCUGCUUUAUACCUGGUUCAGAUGCGAUAGCAGAGGAGGAACCAGCUCCAUGUGCGAUCUCAGGGCACGGGCGCCAAUGCCCCAUCAACGGCACCGAGUGCAGGGAAGGCUGGCAAGGUCCCAACGGUGGGAUCACCAACUUUGACAACUUCCUGUUUGCCAUGCUGACGGUGUUUCAGUGUAUCACCAUGGAGGGCUGGACGGACGUGCUGUACUGGAUGAACGAUGCUAUGGGCUUUGAGCUUCCAUGGGUAUACUUUGUCAGUCUUGUGAUCUUCGGCUCCUUUUUCGUUCUUAACCUGGUUUUGGGUGUGUUGAGCGGAGAGUUCUCCAAGGAGAGAGAGAAGGCCAAAGCUCGUGGAGACUUCCAGAAGCUGCGUGAGAAGCAGCAGCUGGAAGAGGAUCUGAAGGGUUAUCUGGACUGGAUCACUCAGGCUGAAGACAUCGACCCUGACAACGAGGAUGAGGCCGAUGAGGAGAGCAAACGCAACCGGGUGACUUUGGCUGACCUUACUGAGAAGAAGAAAGGAAGGUUUGGGUGGUUCAGCCAGUCGUCCGACACUCAUGCGAGCGUUCCAGCCAGUGAAACAGAAUCUGUGAACACAGAGAAUCAAAACGGGGAGGAUGAAAAGACACCAUGCUGCGGACCUCUGUGUCAAAAAAUUUCAAAGUCAAAGUUCAGUCGGCGCUGGCGCCGCUGGAACAGGUUUUGCCGCAGGAAGUGCCGGUUGGCUGUCAAAUCGGUGCCUUUCUAUUGGCUGGUCAUCAUCCUGGUGUUCCUCAACACCCUCACCAUAUCAUCAGAGCACUAUGACCAGCCGUUGUGGCUGACACAAGUGCAGGAUGUGGCCAACAAGGUGCUGCUAGCCCUGUUCACAUGUGAAAUGUUGGUGAAGAUGUACAGUCUUGGGCUACAAGCCUAUUUUGUUUCACUGUUCAACCGCUUUGACUGCUUUGUGGUGUGUGGAGGAAUCACCGAAACCAUUCUGGUUGAGCUCGAAAUCAUGUCUCCCCUCGGUAUCUCUGUGUUCCGCUGCGUCCGCCUGCUGAGAAUCUUCAAGGUCACUCGUCACUGGCAGUCUCUGAGUAACCUGGUGGCAUCUCUGCUCAACUCCAUGAAGUCCAUCGCUUCCCUGCUGCUUCUGCUCUUCCUCUUCAUCAUCAUCUUCUCCCUGCUGGGCAUGCAGGUGUUUGGCGGAAAGUUCAACUUUGACGAGACACAGACCAAGAGGAGUACCUUCGACAACUUCCCCCAAGCCCUCAUCACUGUAUUUCAGAUUUUGACCGGAGAAGACUGGAACGCCGUCAUGUAUGAUGGGAUCAUGGCAUACGGAGGCCCUUCCUCUUCUGGGAUGAUUGUGUGCUUUUACUUCAUCAUCCUUUUCAUCUGUGGAAACUAUAUCCUCCUGAAUGUCUUCUUGGCUAUUGCUGUGGACAACUUGGCAGAUGCAGAGUCUCUCAACACAGAUGAUGGAGACAAAAAAGGGGACAAAAAGGAAGAUGAAAAAGAUGACAAGGAAGAAGAGGAGGACAUUGACGACACUGCAGCAGAGGAGGAAGACCCUGAAGUUCCAUCGGGGCCUCGGCCAGUCAUCUCUGAGCUGGUAAAGAAGGAGAAGAUCACUCCUAUCCCAGAGGGAAGUGCCUUCUUCAUCUUCAGCAACACAAACCCGGUUCGUGUGUUUUGCCACAAACUCAUCAAUCACCACAUAUUCACCAAUCUCAUCCUGGUGUUCAUCAUGCUCAGCUCUGUCUCUCUCGCUGCUGAGGAUCCGAUACGAAACUUCUCAGCUCGCAAUAUUAUACUUGGUUACUUUGACUAUGCUUUCACGGCUAUCUUUACUGUUGAGAUCGUUUUGAAGAUGACGACAUAUGGAGCUUUUCUCCAUAAAGGAGCCUUCUGUAGGAAUUACUUCAACCUCCUGGACUUGUUAGUGGUCGGGGUUUCCCUUGUCUCCUUUGGCAUUCAGUCCUCGGCCAUCUCAGUGGUGAAGAUUCUUAGGGUCCUUCGUGUUCUUCGACCCCUGAGAGCCAUCAACAGAGCCAAAGGCCUGAAGCAUGUGGUGCAGUGUGUGUUUGUGGCCAUCAGAACAAUUGGUAACAUCAUGAUUGUCACCACUCUGCUCCAGUUUAUGUUCGCCUGUAUAGGGGUGCAGCUAUUUAAGGGAAAAUUCUAUCGCUGCACGGAUGAAGCAAAGUCCCACCCAGAAGAGUGCAAGGGCACGUUCAUCUUGUAUAAGGAUGGAGAUGUGAACCAGCCAACCAUCCACAAACGACUGUGGCACAACAGUGAAUUCAACUUUGACAACGUCCUCAUGGCCAUGAUGGCUCUGUUCACUGUGUCUACUUUUGAAGGCUGGCCAGCGUUGCUAUACAAGGCCAUCGACUCCAACAGGGAGAACCUUGGUCCCAUUUACAACUACCGAGUGGAGAUUUCCAUCUUUUUCAUCAUCUACAUCAUCAUCAUUGCUUUCUUUAUGAUGAACAUCUUUGUAGGUUUUGUGAUCGUCACAUUUCAGGAACAAGGAGAGAAAGAGUACAAAAACUGUGAACUCGACAAGAACCAGCGUCAAUGUGUGGAGUACGCUCUUAAGGCGCGUCCACUGAGGAGGUACAUCCCCAAAAACCCAUACCAGUACAAGUUCUGGUAUGUGGUGAACUCCACUGGGUUUGAGUACAUCAUGUUUGUGCUCAUCAUGCUUAACACACUCUGCCUGGCUGUACAGCACUACGGCCAGUCGGCACUCUUUAACUAUGUAAUGGACAUUCUCAAUAUGGUCUUCACUGCUGUCUUCACUGUGGAAAUGGUUCUCAAACUCAUUGCUUUCAAACCCAGGGGCUAUUUUGGAGAUGCCUGGAACGUGUUCGACGCCCUGGUUGUGAUUGGCAGCAUAGUAGACAUUGUUCUCAGUGAGAUCGAUAACACCGAGGACAGCGCUCGCAUCUCCAUCACCUUUUUCCGUCUUUUUCGAGUCAUGCGGCUGGUCAAGCUCCUAAGCAGGGGGGAAGGCAUUCGCACCCUGCUUUGGACUUUCAUCAAAUCCUUCCAGGCUCUACCGUAUGUUGCCCUUCUGAUAGCCAUGCUGUUCUUCAUCUACGCUGUCAUUGGCAUGCAGGUGUUUGGAAAGAUUGCAAUGGUGGAUGGCACACACAUCAACAGAAACAACAACUUCCAGACCUUCCCUCAGGCUGUGCUGCUUCUCUUCAGGUGUGCCACUGGAGAGGCGUGGCAAGAGAUCAUGUUGGCCUGUAUGCCAGGGAAACUGUGUGACCCAGAGUCCGACUAUAACCCCGGGGAGGAGAUGACGUGUGGCAGUGGAUUUGCAAUAAUUUACUUCAUCACCUUCUACAUGCUCUGCGCCUUCCUGAUUAUCAAUUUGUUUGUGGCCGUCAUCAUGGACAACUUUGACUAUCUGACACGUGAUUGGUCCAUUCUUGGUCCACACCACCUUGAUGAAUUCAAGAGAAUUUGGUCAGAAUACGACCCAGAGGCCAAGGGCAGAAUUAAGCAUCUGGAUGUUGUAACUCUUCUUCGUCGUAUCCAGCCUCCUCUUGGGUUCGGCAAACUGUGCCCUCACAGAGUGGCUUGCAAGAGGCUAGUAGCCAUGAACAUGCCUCUGAACAGUGACGGCACAGUCAUGUUUAAUGCCACUCUGUUUGCACUGGUGAGAACAGCCUUGAAGAUAAAAACAGAAGGUAAUCUGGAGCAAGCCAACGAAGAGCUGCGGGCCGUCAUAAAGAAAAUCUGGAAGAGAACCAGCAUGAAGCUGCUGGAUCAAGUGGUGCCCCCUGCUGGUGAUGAUGAGGUAACCGUGGGGAAGUUCUAUGCCACCUUCCUGAUACAGGACUACUUUAGGAAAUUCAAGAAACGUAAAGAGGAAGGCCUGGUGGGUGCACAUCCCUCCCAGAACAACACAGCCAUUGCUCUACAGGCUGGUCUUCGCACGCUGCAUGAUAUUGGGCCCGAAAUUCGCCGAGCGAUAUCAUGUGAUCUGCAAGAUGACGAACUAGUAGACUUUAUACCAGAGGAAGACGAAGAAAUUUAUAGGCGUAAUGGCGGACUGUUUGGUAACCAUCUCAUGAACGGUGGUCAUCGACGAUCCAACGGCCACCAGACCAACGCAACACAGCGGCCUCUGCAGGUGCAGCCGCCACCUCACUAUGCUCAUAUGGAGCAGCCUGUUGGACGCCUGUCUCGAGCCAAUGCAAUGUCCCACCCCAACCACCAUCAUCACCACCACCAUCACCACCACCGCCACCACAACUCCUACGGGAAGUCUCCCAAAUCCACCAACAUCAACCUCAACAAUGCCAACGUGUCCAGUCUGCCCAACGGAGGACACCAUCGCUACUAUGAGCAUGCACCUCCCAAUGGCUACCCAGGUCUUCGCAGCUCCUACUACGACUAUGACAAGCCCCGGACCCCACAGGGUCAAAGGUCCCACGCAGGGGAUGGACGCCACCCCACCAUCUGCAGGGAGGAGGAGUUUGAUGAAGACCGCCUCUCUGGCGAGUAUUACAGCGGGGAGGAGUUUUAUGAAGACGACAGUAUGCUGUCAGGGGACAGGUAUCAGAACAGUGACACAGAGUAUGAGACUCCCAAAGGUUACCAUCACCCUGACAGUUACUAUGACGAUGAUGAGCAGCCUCUCUACCGCGACUCAAGGAGGUCACCAAAGAGACGGUUGCUCCCUGCCACACCUCAAGGUCACAGGAGGCCAUCUUUCAACUUUGAGUGUCUGCGCAGACAAAGUAGCCAAGAUGAGCUUCCACAUCAGCGUACUGCUCUACCACUGCACCUUAUGCAGCACCAGGUUAUGGCUGUAGCAGGCCUGGACUCCAGCAGAGCCCACCGCCUCUCCCCGACCCGCUCCACCCGCUCCUGGGCCACUCCCCCUGCCACCCCAGCCAGUAAAGACCAGUCACCAUACUACACUCCUCUCAUCCGUGUGGACCACCCACACAGGGAGAGCGCUGCUAGCAGCCAAGUGUCUGUGCGCAAGAGCUCCUGGUACACAGACGACCCCGAGUUCUCCCAGAGGACGUACUCACCGGUCCACCUGCAGGUGCCACCUGAGUACCAUAACCAGUACCACCAGAAGAGAGGCAGCGCCACCAGCUUAGUGGAAGCGGUUUUGAUAUCAGAAGGGCUUGGGAGAUAUGCCAAGGAUCCCAAGUUCGUCGCUGCCACAAAGCACGAGAUAGCAGAUGCAUGUGAGAUGACAAUAGAUGAGAUGGAGAGCGCAGCCAGCCACCUGCUGAACGGAGGGAUUGCUCCGGGUGUCAACGGGGUCAACGUGUUCCCCAUUCUGACUCCAAGGGACUAUGAACUGCAGGACACCGCAGCCAGUUACAGUGACGAGGAGCCGGAGACAGAAUCCAGAGCUCCAUAUGAGGAGGACCUGGCAGACGAGAUGAUUUGCAUCACGACUUUAUAGCAGUGGCUGGAGAAAUCUGCAAAUUAUAACCUUGUCAGACUACAAUCAGCGAAAAUUUUAAAAAAAGAAAUGCAUCUGUUGGCUCUGACCAAAAGAAGUGCCUUUUACAUUGAAGAGAAAAGGCAUACAGAAGAGAGACACAUUAGUCCCGUUCAUUUAAUUGUUCUCCACCUGCCAGCAAAGGAGGUCACAGCACAGAGCCAGCUACCAUCCCUGCUGAGCAAAGAGGGACUGACCGCACCCUCCUGUCAAAGGCCUUGACCUGGAGGUGAUAUACAGGUUCAGCCUGCAGCCAAUCAGAGACAAGGACAUUGAAUGCCAGUGAGAGAGAUGGACCAGUUGGCAAGGGUGUGAGAUACUCUUUAGGGCGGGUCUCUAAGGGUGAUGACAAUCAGAUGUACGAUGUCAUUACCUCAGUCACUUUAUUAAGGUUUGGCAUAUCAUGCAAGUUUUCAAUGCAAGCAUAGAAAGGCAUAUCUCCUCCCCGUAGUCGUUAGUAUAACUUGAUCCCUUUGUUGUUAGAACAGAUCGUGUGAUGAUUGCUACAGCUGAGUCAAAAAGUGAAGAAGCACCAGUAGAGUUGAACCAGAUUAUGCAGGAACUAAUUGUCCUACUUACUUAUAGCAUCAUUCAACUUGAGAUAUGUACUUUUGAAGCGACAAAAGCAUUUGUGAUAAAUGCACUAGCAGGCAGGUUAUUUAAAAUUUUAGAAUAGCCUGAUUAAUAUUUCAUAGUUGAUAUGCUGUAAAAUUGUAUUAUAUAACAAAAGAAACUUUGUAAAGAGAUAUUCUAUAUUUUGUAAUUAUGUAUCAUUUAAAAGAUCAGCAAUAUGGACCCUUGUUACUCCUGUUAUGCUAUAAAAGCAGACUAGCAUUAUUUUAUUAGGUACAAUAUUCUGAUAUUUAUUUGCCUUUUAUGUUUUUGCUAAUAUGCACCCUUUAUUUUGCCUAUGAAAACAGCAUUUUUAAGAGAUUCUGCUUGUGUGACAACACUACUGCACAAGAUAUGCAAAUGGCUUUGAUUUCUUAGCAUAGGAGUACACAUGUUACUUCAUCAAACCAACACCAGUUGCAUAAGGUUAAGCCCCCUUUACAGGAGCAUUUUUAGAAGGCAAGCCUCAAGGAUCCAGUGCUGAAAUUUUAUACAGAUGUGACAAACACAUUUGUUUGCAUAUUUUGUGCAGGGGAUGCACAAGAAUUUAAAAUGCAUAGUGCAUUAACAAUGCUGCUUUUUUAGUUAGUUUCAAAGUCAAACCUAGGUUUUGUCAGCCCCUACUGAAAUGCCUUUUUGCUGCUGAAAGAACGAAAACGGAUAGAUGGUAAUAACAGGGAUAAAUUAAUAUUUCUCAUAGCUUGUGCUGGGAUUUUCCAUGACAUACUCUUUGUUGUUCAUGGCGUGAUUCCAUUAAACCUUUGUACUAAAUCUUCGCAAUCACAUCUUAGCCUUCAUGUAGUAGUGAGGGCUCGGAGCCUGUGGUGGCAGGAGACACAUGCACACAUCCAAAGGUCAGAAACAGUCCGAGGUGUGUUCUAGGUGGAGGGUGUCCUGGUGUCAGGAUGCUGGAGAGAGGCUAAGCAAUACUAACCCCCCGCCCCUUUCUCUCUCAGCCUGCCUGGUUCCUGCAUACAGUAUACCUCGUUAGGCAACGAUGACAACAUAUCAUUGUCUCAACGUAUCUGUUUGUCACAGUGUCCCACAGUGGAGUUUUUGAAAGAGAUUAAACAGGGUUUGAACCUGGAUUUUGUGUUUUUUUCCUCCGUAUAAAUUAAUGAGACUAGAAGGGAAACCUAACCCUGGAUGCAUAAAAAGAAGCAACUGAAGCCCAUAAGUUUUAUCACUUUUUGAUCUAUCACGAUAAGGAUACUGGACUAAAUACACUAAAGUGGGCUUUUUCAGGCAUUACCAUGGAGAGUUUAAUUAGCACCAAGGAUAUUUUAGGGUUAAUGUGAUCUGUUGUUCAUGAGUGUUUGAUUUGUAGGCGAGUGCGUACUGUACUCUAAUUCAACCGAAUACUGUCAUGACAAUGUAGGUUUUCCAUUUUGUGUGCACAUUGAAAGGGCUCUUUGAAUUGUUUGUGAGUUAAAAAAAUGUGUUCUAGUCCUUUUGUUGAUGAACGUCAUAUAAAAGGACCAAUGCACAUAACAGGCACAUUGUACUAUUCGUAGCAAUUACAGUACUGAUGAACUGAAGAUAUGCAUUAUUUUGUAAACACUUUUAAAGUUGUGUGAAACUAAAGAUAAAAAGAACUUACUUUUACCUCAUGUCAGGGAUUCCUGAAAAAAAGAAAAUAAUGAUUUGGUUCAGUCUAUACCAAUGGUAUUUAAAUAUUAGCACAUAGCUGUUUGUCUUUGCACAAGUAACUGUAUAGUGCUUUUGUUUCUCCUUUUUCUAAACAGAUUUGUGUAUUAAGGUGAGACAAUUUUGUACUUUUUGUGACUGUGUGUAUGGUUUAGUGGAAUCUAUAUUUGUCAUUUACACCUCACCUUACAAUGCUGGGAAUGAAAGAGUAUUAAAAAAUAUUUUCAAGGUGCACUGUUCCUCUGUUCGCGGGUAGGGAAAAAAAUAAAAUGGUUAAAGUACCAGUUUACAGAGAAACACAUAUUGAUUUGAACGUUUCUAUUAGUUUCCUUCAUAUUGUUAUGAUUAUAAUUACUAUUACAACUAUUAAUGUUCUGAAAGCUGUAUUAAAAUAGAAGAUAAUGUAAAAUAUGUACAAAAGUAUGGAAAGACCCAUGGUAAUGUUCUCUACUUGAAAGUCUUGAUAUUUGCUCCUCAAUGUUUUUAUUCAGUAAACAUAAUUUCUCUUAGUAGCAAAUGCUUUACUAUAACCCUCUAGGUUUUGUAUCAAUACAUUUUUUUUGUAUUUUUCAUUUUAUUUUGGCCUUGACUUUAUUUGAAUCGAUACUGAUAUU